UCUGUUCAUCGUCAUCUCCCUAAUAUCUGAAAUUACGCAGAGGAGAAUUUGAACAAGGAAUAUGGCAACUCGAGCUCUGCUCAAAGCUCUCACCAAUCCAACUUUCCCUUCCUCAUCUCUUCAGCUUCUUUCCAUUUCCUCCAUUUCUAGAUCCGUUAGCACACUGGUUCUAGCAGAACAUGAUGGUGGUAUGGUGAAGACCCAAUCGCUGAGUGCUGUUGUUGCUGCAAAGGCAUUGGGGGAAGAUAAUUCUAUCUCAAUGCUAUUGGCUGGGUCAGGUCCUUCUCUUCAAGAAGCUGCUGCUCAUGCUGCCUCCUGCAAUCCUUCCAUUUCUCAGGUACUUGUAGCUGAUUCAGAUAAAUUUAAAUACCCUCUAGCAGAACCUUGGGCUAAAUUGGUCCAUUUGGUUCAGCAAAAUGGAGGCUACUCACACAUAAUUACUACCUCAAGUUCAUUUGGGAAAAAUAUACUACCCCGUGCAGCUGCUCUCUUAGAUGUUUCUCCAAUUACUGAUGUUAUUGAAAUUUGUGGAUCCUGUCAGUUUGUCAGGCCAAUUUAUGCUGGAAAUGCUCUCUGUACAGUCCGUUAUGCUGGUGCCAACCCUUGUAUGUUAACUGUUAGAUCUACAUCUUUCCCUGUGCCCUCUGUAGCAGCUGACUCAAAAUCUAAUGAGGCUCCAAUUUCCCAGGUUGAUCUCUCAACCUUCAGUGAAGAUUGCAUGAUAAAAUCUAGAUAUGUUAAGCAUACAUCUCAGGACACAGAAUGCCCUGAUCUUGGAAGUGCACGUAUUGUGGUCACUGGUGGACGGGCGUUGAAGAGUGCUGAGAAUUUCAAAAUGAUUGAGAAACUUGCAGAGAAACUUGUUGCAGCAGUUGGUGCUACACGUGCUGCUGUUGAUGCUGGAUUUGUUCCUAAUGACCUUCAGGUUGGUCAAACAGGGAAGAUUGUUGCUCCAGAAUUAUACAUGGCGUUUGGUGUUUCAGGAGCUAUCCAACAUUUAGCUGGCAUGAAAGACUCCAAGGUCAUUGUUGCUGUUAACAAAGAUGCAGAUGCGCCCAUUUUCCAGGUGGCUGAUUAUGGAAUGGUGGGAGAUCUUUUUGAGGUGAUACCAGAAUUGUUGGAGAAGCUUCCUGACAAAAAGUAAAGCAGUUUACUUGGGAAGUCUUUGCAGUGCCAAGAAUGUUGCUUAACUUACUGUUCAGUGAAAAGUGCAAAUAGAACAAUAAUCAAAAUCAAUAAGAAUUGAGUUUCCUCAUUUCUCCUACA